UGUAACGUAUUUCUAGCGUUACGUGCCACGUACUUACCUUUUCGGGAGGAUGGCGACGACGAGGGGGCACUACUAUGGGGGCUGGACGACCAUGCAACAUAUCUAUGUGGUAUUAAACACAUACUGCACUCUGCGCUGCUAUUUCCGUUGACUGACUUUGGGUCUCCGCUCGUUGAAAGCCUGGGUUUUUGAGUUUCGGGUGCAGGCCUCCGUGCCUUCCGUCUGCGUGAGCUACUGAAAAUGUGGAAAAGAAAAAAUAUUAUUAACAAAAAGACUUAAACAAAAUAGGAGGCUCAGAAAAAGAAGUUCACACACAGAAACAAAACGGAAAGACAAUGGGAGCCCUAUUCAAUGGAAGCGAAACUCCCAUGCCCUGUAAAUUGGCUGAAGAAAUAGGGAUCAGAUAAGUAUUAAAGCCUUACACUCAUAAAACUUUAUGCCAAAUAUAAUAUUUAUAUAUUUUUUUUAAGAAGAGACGUUAAAAGUACUUAUAAAACUUUUAAACUAACUUUAAAGUCAAGGUUUUUUACAAGAACCAGUGUUGAAAAGUAUUCUGCACUUAAAUUUCCCUAAAAAGUCCUUAAGAUCUAGAAAACCUUGUGUGGUUUUUACUUACCUUUCUCCAGUAGUUUAGGGUAUCAUCCACUGUCGGUUUAGGUCCUCUUAUCCAUAGGCAGUGGCCAAAAACCACCCACAAUCCAUGACACGAUGAUAGCUGCCACCUAAAUUGGUGGUUUUCCACUGAGCAGCCACUGAGCUUUGCUUUUCUUUAGUUAUUUAUAUUUUAGUUUCUUUAUUAUUAUUACUUUUGGUUUGUUUUGGGCUUUUUGUUCGGGCGCGUGCGCAUGCGCAGGGGCAGGUCUAUUGGGUAUGGGGCUGUGGCACGGAAGCGCCACCAACUGGCGCCGGGUGUAGGUAAUUCCACCGCAUUCCCGGGGGCUGGUAUAAAUUAAAUGGUUGCAGUGGGGCAGCAAUCAAAACACUCGAAGCCUUCCCAGCGGUUGCAUCGUCGGAUCUAGCAACUCCACUCGUUAAGUCCUUAAACCAAGCAGCAUGGAUAACCGCAGUUUGCUCCUGAGGCUCUCCCUGGUGGUGGCUUUGGUGAUACUGCUGGUGUGUGUUCCUGAAACAGAUGCAGGUGGCCACCAGAAGAAGAAAAAAAUCGUCAUCCAUGUGCCAAUACACAAGAAGAUCGAGAAACAUAUCCACACGGUGGUGAAGCACGUUCACCAUCACCACAAGCCCCUGGUGCUGCAGGAGGAGAAGAAGGUCAUCCACGAGGAUCAUCGCCCCAUCCAGAUCCACCAGACCAAGGAGCACAUCCAUCAUCACGAGAAGCACGACCACCAUGAUCACCACGAGCACCAUCAUCCGCUGGCGGCGCCCGCCGUGGCACCACCGCCUCCAUUGCCCGAGUACGAGGAGGAGGAGGAGCACAUCCAUCAUCAUCACAACUACGAGCACCGGGGUGGACUCCGGGACGACUUCAUCGGCGGCGAUGGGAGCAGCAGCGAGGAGCGCUGACUAUGCAACGGUGGCAGCGACAAUGGGAGGCGCAGACUGAUCUGAUCGGAGAGCUGUGGGCGGGGCAUCUCUUUGUGAUUCGUUAGAUACGUACCAAUUUUUUUUAUAUAUAUAUAUAUUUUUUUUAUAGCCUAAAUAUUUAGUUUAAGUAUGGCAAAGGCGAAGAUUAUAAAAUAGUUAUAAAGUGUAUUUGAAUU